AUGAUAAGUUUUUCUAUUAUAUUUUAUAUUAUUGGGUUUAUUCUACUUUAUUCUUUUAUUAAAAAGAAUACAAGAUUCUCAAAGAAUGAUCCACCACUUUGUGCCAUUUCACUUCCUAUUAUAGGAGGUCUUUAUAAAUUGGGUGUUGAUCCAUCGGAAGACUUGUUGCGUCUAUCUAGAAAGUUUGGGAAGAUUAUGUCGAUUUGGUACGGUGACAAUUACACUGUCAUCAUCAAUGACCCCGGUCUCAUUGAAGAGGCAUUUAACAAGAACCAUGAGGCUUUUGGAGACAGACCAUUUGUACCAAGUCUUCGUUUCAUGUGUGAUGACUUUAACGAUUUGGUAUUGUCAAACUACACCAACUGGAAACCCCUCAGACAACAAAUGAUUGGUCAAUUUACAAGAACUAAAUUAAAAGCUAUUGCACCAGCCAUGGAAACUCACUCAAAUCAUCUUGUUCGUAAAUUCAAAGAACAUGCAAUCUCUGGUGAACCACUUGAUCCAGUACCAUACUUGAGAAAGUACACUUUUAGUGUUAUUCUUAAAAUGGUAUUGAAUAUUGAUAUGGCUUAUGAAGAAGAACCAAAUACUGGUAUGAUGCUUAAAAUGUUUACUCCACUCAGUGAACUAGUAAGAAAGAUGGCUGCCGGUGCCAUCUUUGACACUAUUCAUGCCUUGUCUCCCAUUUAUUACAAGAUUGCCAAACGAUUCAACCAUCCAAUAAGUGAAAUCAAAGUAAUGAUUAGAGGUUUCAUCAAAGAACACAAAGAAACUAUUGAUAUAGACAACCCAAGAGAUUUUUUGGAUAUGAUGAUUUCAAAUCAAUAUGAAGAUGAUUUAAUUGUCAAUUUAGUAUUUGAUUUGUUAUUGGCUGGUGUGGAGACUAGUGCCACCACAUUGUCAUGGUUUGUAUUAUUGAUGGCCAACUAUCAAGAGGAACAAGAAAAGGUUAGAAGUGAAGUUAGAACUGCAUUCCCAGAUUCAUUGGAUUCCAUUCAACCAACUGACCGUACCAACUGUCCCUACACAUCUGCUGUUAUAAAAGAAUCAAUGAGACUCAAACCAAUUGGUCCAUUUGGUCUUCCACGUAUUUCUAGAUAUGAUACAAUGAUUGGUGAAUAUUUCAUUCCUAAAGGUACUCAAGUAAUGGCCAAUUUCUAUGCUGUUCUUCAUGAUCAUUAUCCAAAUGGAACUGAAUUUAAUCCAUCAAGAUACAUUGGUGAUCAUAGUUUAACCAAUACUGGUAAGGAUAAUUGGAUGCCAUUCUCUAUUGGUCCAAGAGCUUGUUUGGGUAGUUCAUUGGCUAUUGAGGAGAUUUGGAUGGCUGUUGCCAAAAUAUUCUCAAAUGUCAAAGUUACCUCAAUCGAUGGAUCUAAACUUGAUGAAACAUCUCAAUUUGGAAUGGCUGUUCAACCUCUUCAUGCCCAUAAAUAUAAAUUUGAAAUUGUUAAAUAA